AUGGCCCCGAGACUUCUCCUGGCCUUUGUCCUCUGCACCACCCGUUUGCCCUGCUGUGGGGAAGCAGUGCCCAUCCAGCCCUGGGUGCAGUGCUGGUCCUCUCGGUACCCGAUCGCUGUGGACUGCGUGUGGACGGCACCCCAGACUGCAAACAGCACCGGACGCACAUCCUUCAUUGCUACCUACAGGCUCGGGGUGGCAGCCCAGGGGGAGAGCCGGCCCUGCCUGCACCCCUCGCCCGAGUCCAGGCACUGCACCAUCCCGGAAGUCCUGCUCUUCUCCAUGCUGCCCUACGUGCUCAAUGUCACCGCCAUCCACCCCACGGGCGUCAGCAGCACCUUCCUGCCCUUUGUCCCCGAGCACGUCAUUAAACCAGACCCUCCAGAAAGUGUGACACUGAGCCCCCUUCCUGGGCAGCGGCUGGGGGUGCAGUGGAAGCCGCCCGGCUCCUGGCCCUUCCCAGAAAUCUUCUCCCUUAAGUACCGGAUUCGCUACAAGCGUCACGGAGCUGCUCACUUCCGCCAGGUUGGCCCCACGGAAGCCACAUCGUUUGUCCUCAGGGCUGUAAGGCCCCACAGCAGAUACUGCGUUCAGGUGUCAGCCCAGGAGCUCACCGGUUCUGGGCAGCCAAGUGACUGGAGUGUGUCUGCCAUCACAGCCGGGACCCCGGUUGGGGAGCGCAGAGCCAGCACCCCCAAAGAAGAGCUGUGUCCCUGAGUUCCAGGCACUCUGCUUCCGAUCACUCACUCAAGGGUGGGCUCCCCGACAGGGUUGGUGGCCUUGUGACUUGCCUCUCUGAACCUCAGUCUCUAAUCACUGGGGUGGGGGACUUUGUCUCUGGAUCAACGGGAGGUCUGGGUAAGUGAAUGAAAAAAGCAGUUCUUCACUUUGUUGUUUGGGGGCCACACUCUGCUUUGCUCAGGGCUCCCUCCAGGCUCUGUGGUCCUUGGGGGCCAUAGCCAUAGCAUAACAGGUGGCAUUGCCUUGCAAGUGGCAGACUCAGGUUUGAUCCCUGGAAACCUCAGAUGGCCCCUGGAGCCCCACGAGAAGUGAUCCCUGAACACAGGGCCAGGGAUCAGGCCUUGGGACUGCUGGGUGUGGCCCAAAAGACAAACUGAAAAAUAAAGCCACAUAUUCCUUCCUGGGCCAGCCCAAUGUGAAUGUCUUGAGGAGAGUCCUGUUUUCUUUUCUUCCCCCACCCUUUAAUUUUUAAUUCCUUAAUAAAAUCUUCCACUACCCUG